AUGCCGAGACUAACCUCGUCACCUCCUCACAUUCGCUUUUUCUUCCCCUUCUUCUCCUACAUCCCCUGUGUCGUCUUCCUCUGCUUCCUCUCCCAUGCUGCAGAGUCUCAAAUCCAAGAUCAAGAACAGCAAGUCCUCUUGAAGCUGAGGCAGUCCUGGCAGGACCCAUCUUCCCUCGACCACUGGGUCACCUCCAAUUCAUCCUCCCACUGCACAUGGCCUGAGAUCACCUGCCAAGACGGCUCCAUCACCGAGCUCAAUCUUGUCAGCCUGAACAUAAAUUAUUCGAUCCCCCCAUUCAUCUGCGACCUCAAGAACCUGACCAAGCUCGAUCUCUCCAACAACAAUAUUCUUGGAGAGUUUCCAACAGUUCUCUAUUACUGUUCCGAGCUCAUGUACCUUGACCUGUCCCAGAAUUACUUCGAAGGUCCUAUUCCAUCCGAUAUCGACCGCAUGGCCAAUCUUCAGGUCCUGAUUCUCGCUGGCAACAGCUUCUCGUUCGACAUCCCAGCGUCGAUUGCAAGGCUGCGGAGGCUGAGGAUCCUUCACCUUUACAUGUCCGAGUACAAUGGCACGUACCCUGAAGAGAUUUUUGGCCUCUCCAAUCUUGAAGAACUGAGCCUCGGGUACAAUGACAAUUUCAUGCCAUCGCAGCUGCCACAGAACUUCACUGCCCUGAAGAAGCUGCGGUUCUUCUCGAUGCCGCAGACAAACCUGUUUGGCAGAAUCCCGGAGACGGUCAGCGAUAUGGAGGCUCUCGAGCACUUGGAUUUGGGGAUAAAUCCACUGACAGGAGAGAUCCCGGGCAGAAUUUUUGCUCUGAGGAACUUGAGCGAGUUGUACUUGUACAUGACUAAUGUGUCCGGGUCGAUCCCUCAGGCAGUCAGUGCCGCAAACCUGAGCGUGAUCGAUCUGUCUGAAAAUUAUUUGAUGGGGAACAUACCUGAAGUUUUCGGAAAGCUCAAGAAUCUAUACAGCCUGAAUUUAGCGUUCAAUCAAUUGUCCGGCGGAAUCCCGGAAGGUAUCGCGAGUCUUCCCGCUUUGUCUGAUGUCAGGCUGUCCAACAACUAUUUGCGGGGCACGAUCCCCCCAGACUUCGGCAAGUUUUCCCCGCUCAGAAGAUUCGAAGUGGCCUUCAACAACUUGACCGGUGCCUUUCCCGAACAACUGUGCUAUGGCGGCACGCUGUUCGGGGUGGCCCGAUCUUGA